UGAUCGGCUUGUGUGCGUGUAUGAAUGUGUGUGUGUUGGCGUGUCGGAGGAGAAGAGAGAGGGAGAGAGAGAGCGGGUUGGCAGAGGGGUGGUCCGCUGCGCCGCGCGUUGCCAAGCGCACAUUUGUAGGCUAUAUAAGCGCAAAAAAACGCGCAGCCCGCGGCGCACUGAGAAAACCCGAGGAAUUCGGCAGGUACCUGCAGACAUCCAGCAGCUCCCUGUCCUGCAGCGUGAAUGUGCAGCUUGAAAGAGACCCAAUCUGCCUGAGCUCAUCAUGUCUGAUGGAUGGAUUUAAAUGCUCUCCUUAUUGGCCAGCUGUCAUUCUGCGCUGAUCUCACGGCAGACCUUCAGCAGGAAUAUUAAAUCCGGGAGAAGUCCAGAACGCUUUAGGACAAAGAAAAAAAAAAAACGCAUUGCUGUUUUUAAACAAACGUCCCUCCUGCAGCAUCAGUCCCCCUUUCAUCAUGAGGAGGUCGAUUCCUUUAUCUUGCUGGGUUAGAGCUGCUGGCCUGAUCUUUUGCCUGGCCCAGAGCGCUGUGACCAUGGCCCUGGCCAACUCCACCCGGCUCGACUCGAUCCUGGACAAGUAUAAGGGAAAGGACGGCGAGUGGUGGAGGGCAAGGUCGAGGGGGAAGAGGGCCAUCAGCGAGGAAGACAAGCACCUGAUCCUGGACCUGCACAACAAGCUGCGGGGCCAGGUCUACCCUCCUGCCUCCAACAUGGAGUACUUGGUAUGGGAUUAUGAGUUAGAGAGGAGCGCAGAACACUGGGCGCAUACCUGCCGAUGGGAGCAUGGGCCAAGCCACAUGUUGACACAAAUAGGGCAAAAUCUUGGAGCUCACUGGGGCAGAGACAGACCCCCAACCUACCAUGUCCAGGCCUGGUAUGAUGAGGUCAGGUACUACAGUUAUCCAUAUUCCCAGGAGUGUAAUCCACACUGUCCAUUCAGAUGUUCUGGGCCUGUAUGCACUCACUACACUCAGUUGGUGUGGGCCACCAGCAAUCGUAUCGGUUGUGCCAUCAACAUCUGUUACAACAUGAACGUUUGGGGGAUGAUCUGGGCAAAAGCAGUUUAUCUGGUCUGUAACUACUCUCCACCGGGAAACUGGUGGGGCCAUGCUCCAUACAAAUACGGCACACCUUGUUCUGCAUGUCCCGCAAGCUAUGGCGGUGGCUGCAGAAACAACUUAUGCUACAAAGAGGGUGGUGUUGAAAGGCAUCCAGCUCCAGAAACCGAGGAGAACAACUACAUUGAGCCAGAACCAGAACCAGCAAGAGACAGAGAGCCCCAGCCGAGGGCCCAGGCACCAAAUCCAUCGCCGAAUGAGAACACUGAGAGAAACCAGGCUGUCAGCACAGAGCAGAUGUCCCAACAGGUUGAAUGCGAGACCAAGCUAAGAGAUCAAUGCAAGGGAACAACCUGUAACAGAUAUGAAUGUCCGCCUGGUUGUUUGGAGCGGCCUGGAAAAGUAGUUGGGACUGCUCACUAUGAUAUGCAAUCCAGUGUCUGUGGAGCUGGGCUACACUCUGGAGUCAUUGACAACGAUGGAGGAUGGCUGGAUGUGACCCGACUGGGCAGAAAACAACUUUUUACCAAAUCAUACAAGAAUGGUAUCCAAUCUAUUGGGAAAAACAGAAGUGCCAAUUCGUUCAAAGUGGAGUCAGUGCCUGUAAAGGCAGUAAGAUGUGAUACAACAGUGGCCCUUUUCUGUCCUUUCAAGAAGCCCACUCGACACUGUCCCAGGUUGUAUUGCCCCAGGAACUGUUUAGAUGACAGUCGAGCUCGAAUCAUUGGAACAAAGUACUAUUCAGAUAAAUCCAGCAUCUGCAGAGCAGCCAUUCACGCAGGAGUAAUCCGGAGUGAGUCAGGAGGUUACCUUGAUGUAAUGCCGGUGGACAAGCGGCGGCACUACAUCGGCAGUUACCAGAACGGGAUUACUUCUGAGAGCCUACUGAACCCCACAGGAGGAAAAGCCUUCAGAGUUUUUGCAGUCAUCUGAGAAAAAGGCCUUUAAAGGACAAAGUACCAAAGAUCAUAUUUGAGAAGCCCACCCACCAUGAAAUAACAACCCAUAAUUUUGUCCGGGAGUAAAUCAUUCAACUUGCCUGACUCGAACGCUGAACGUUUUACAUGUAUUUAUUUCAAGGAUUUGCUUGUUUCUUAGCUCAUCGGCGAAAUGCUGUCCAGUCAGCCUUUGCCAGAGGAUUUUUGAGAAUUAUAGUUCUCGUCCUUUGGCCUGAGCUUUAGGAGUUAACCACAGAAUGCACGUGCCUGCAGUGCAUUUUUGGCUGCCAUGAUAUCAUGACAUAAUGCUUUUUAACACUUUAAAAUAAAUAUUACCUAACCAGACAUCUGAACCAUUCCAACAUGUAAUUUCAGAGCUUGAAGGUUAGAGUCUGAUGUCACCACUUUCAGUUGGGUAAUGCCAAGGGUCUUUAAGCCCUUUCCCAUACAGGGAAUAACUAAAUAAGGAAAGGAUGAUACAACUGGGAUUAAAAUAAGAUGUGUGGUUACAAAACAAAUUGGAGUUUGAGUUUCUUUUAAAUCAGAAUCAAACGUAAAAUGCCAUUAGAAUGAGACUGGGAGGUUACCCACAGCCCACGCAGUUCUGGUCCACAUGGUCAUGAAGGUCAUACAAACCUUUGGCUUUUAAUGACUUAUUUGAUGCGUUAUUUGUCCAUGCAGUGAUUGUCACACAAUGUACAAAUUCUGAUUUUAAAACAAGACUUUAAUACACACUGGCUAUAAUGUAUACAAUAAUUCUUUAUUAAUAUUUGGUCUCAAGAUCCUUAGCAAGUUACACCACUAUCACGCACUUCAUGCUAUCAACAAGCUUGUGGCAAAUCUGGUUGGAUAAUAGAUCAAUAUUUUUUAGAGUAUUGCAUUUUUUUUGUGUUCCUGGCAUUGAUUUGGGAAAGUCUUAGCCUGGCCAAGCAAACUAACUCAGGCAGUAUACAGUUCUUAUCAGUCCGAUUAAGGAGCUGGUAGAGCUCAAUUUCGAAGGCGGGACUAACAGGGUCAGCGUCAUCGGAUUAGAACCAAUCGGAAAAACUACGGAUGUGACGCAUUAAAAUUCCAAGCGAUGGACUCUGUUUUUUUUUUUUUUCAAUUUGUAGUCCGUGAAAAAUAUCAUGUUAUCAAGCAGACCCUCCAGGGAACAAUUGUUUGCCGCUUUUGUCUAAAAAAAUCAGAGGUUACAUGUUGUACUCACAUGCACUUCCUUAAUCUUUCAAGGAUUUAAACAUCUAAAACGGUGGCGGUUUCAUCAUACUGUGGGCUGUUCCAUCCCAACAGGGGCAUUGUUUACUUCAAAUCAGGAGGAUUUGAAGUGAAGUUGUGUCCAAGUCUGUCCAUGUUUAUGUGUCCAUAAACAUGGACAGACUUGGAUGUUUCAGCCUCUGGAAGUAGCAGACUAACAUUAAGAUUCUGGAUUAGCCAUAAUCUCAACCCAGGGUUAAGCGUAUUGAUUAUGGUUAAAAGCUAAAUCCAUGGCAGGAAGCAAAAUGAAUGGUCAAAUAUCCAGCCGGAGUUAUACCAAAAGUGUGUUGAUGGGAAAAAGUGCCUAGGAUAGGUGCAAUUUCUAAGGAACAUUUAUCCAAAUAUUGAAAGGGUUGUAUAUACAGAUUUUAGCCUGGCUGGAAAAGGGUGAUGAAAAAAAACAUUAGAAGUCCUCAAUUAAUACAAUUUCAGGUCAAUAUUGAGUAUAUCUAAACUUCUGACUGGCAGAGUAUAUCAAUAAAGUAAUAUAUGCACUCAAAUAUUUUAAAUAUUUCUCAUGGUAUUCAUUGUUGCCUCGUUAUCUCCAUGCUAAGAUUGUCUGUCAUCUUAAAUAGUGUUUAACCUCUCUACAUUGAACACAUGGUUACAGUGAUAGGCUGCUGUACGGAAACAUUCGUAUCGUGGCAUUAAAAUGUACACUGUAUAUUUUUGUACAUAGCAUUGUUGUACAUAAUACUUCAAAAUUAAUGCUUUUGUUUAUUUCUGUUUACAUUUUUCCAAGUUUUUGGAGGCUGUACAAAUAAAAAAGUACAAAAUGAUAAAAGAUAAAACAGCUUUUCCACGCAAAGUUAUAUAUUUCCUACUUAUGCU